AUGUCACUACAUAGUCCAGUCCGCGCUCGUGGCAUCUCCAGCCCAUGCACAGAAACGUCAGCCACAGAUCGAGACUCGCCUGAUCACCAAAACCACCACCCGCACCGCCCGAGCUUCAACGCCAACAACACGCAGGACCGAUUACGCGAGGGCGCUAGGCGUCCACAUCGCAGCACGAUGCCGACAAACAUCAGGCGGGACCGCAAGUCUCUCUUCAAGGAGGUGGGCCUGCUGGAUGACGACGAGGCUGAAGAUUUCGGAGGCAGCAGCGAGAGGACCGUGCCGAGCCCCUUGUCAAACAAAGAGUUUGGAACCAUCGCCGGCAUAUCACCCGCGUCGACGUUUGAUAACAACGACGACGACGACGACGACCGAAACGCGGCUUCGAGACAACAACAGGACGCCGCCCCUGCCCCUUCGGCAGAUACGAAAACGAGCAGGACGAUACGAGGGGGUGGCGAGGGUGCACAGCAGGAGGAAAGGGGAGCAGCCGGGGCACGGCAGCUGCAGCCGUCGUCUUCGUCGGAGAACCAAAGGAUGCCGUGGUACAGCAGGUUGGGGCGGCAGGGGAGGCCGAGGAUAAGAGCAGCCGCCGCCAGUGCGACGCCCCCUCCCGUAGCCACGAGUCUCUCCCGAGUCACAAUGAUCGCCAUGCUCAUUGCUGUCGUUCUUCCUGCCUUUAGCUACAACAGCGGCCGGCGCACCGUCGACAUCGCUGGCGCCGAUGCCGGCGUCGUCCAGGGCCGAGGUGACGUCGGCGGCCAACAACAACAACAACAACAACAACAACAACAGCAACAACCAUGGUCGUCCGACGUCGCUGGGGAGCUCAACUUCCUCGAGGCCAGGCAGAGCAGCCCUACGCAGGUCUGCGCGCGAUGGGCACAUCACACCGCAUUGCUUAACGGGACCGUUUACAUAUACGGUGGCCAAAGCAAAAGCAAUCCUACGCAGCAAACCGACAAAUGGAACAACAACUUCCUCACACUAGAUCUAACGAAAUCCUGGGACGUAAAAACUCCCGUCCUCAACGGGCUUCCCACACCAUCUGGUCCGCCCAAGGUCUCCCUGGGCUACCUCUGGAACGACUACAACAACCUGUACCUAUACGGCGGGCAGUUUGCCGACGACGCCCAGGGCGUCGAGGUCGGCCCGUCGACCGUCUGGAAGUACUCGAUCAAGAGCAGCUCGUGGUCCGAGGACAAGGAUCCCGAGACUUCGGACGGCAAGUACUCGGAGCCGGGCGGACAGAAGGUCCAGCGCUCUGCUGAAGGCGCCGGCCUCUCGGUCCCGGAGCUGGGGUUGAGCUGGUACUUUGGAGGCCACCUGGACAUGUGGACGACGCCCGGCUGGUCCAACCAGAUCUGGCGCGUCUACCUCAAGUCGCUUCUCGAGUUCACACACCCUGGAUAUUCCAACCCGGCAGUCAAGUCGCUCGAGGACAAGGGCGCCGGCGAGUUUGGCGCCUACCGCAACAUCACCGAGGGGGGUUUGCAAAAGGACGAUGCCUUUUACGAGCGGGCGGACGGCGCACUCGUCUUCAUCCCCGGAUGGGGUAAGAAGGGCGUCCUGAUCGGCCUUGGCGGUGGCACGAACACUACCUUCUCCAACAACCUCGGCACGCUCGAUGUCUACGACAUUGAUAGCUCCGAGUGGUACCACCAGGAGACGUCCGGCAUCCCGCCAUCAGUCCGUGUCAACCUGUGCGCCGUGGUGGCGUCUGCGCCGGACGCAUCCAGCUUCCAGGUCUACGUCUUUGGUGGGCAGAACCUCGAACCUUAUAAAGACCAAGUCCAGUACGACGACAUGUACAUACUCACCAUACCUGCCUUCACCUGGGUCAAGGUCGACAAGCAAGGCAAGAACCAACCGUCGGCGCGCGCCGGACACACGUGCAACAUGCGCGACGGGCAGAUCGUCACCAUCGGCGGCUUCCUGGGCGUCGACUCGGCCUGCGACUCGCCGGGCAUCUACGUCUUCAACGCCAGCAGCCUCGAGUGGAAGGACAAGUUCGACGCCGCCGACCACCGCGCCGAUCUCAGCCCCGAGAACUCGGUCAUGGCGGGCAGCUACGGCUACAAAGUGCCGCAAAAGGUCGCCGACGUCAUCGGCGGCGGGCCCGAGGGCAGCGCAACCGUCACCGCCCCCGUGUCUCGCGCCACAGACGGGCCCUUCGCCACCGGCAAGUCCCCCGUCUUCACCGUCACGGCCGGAGGAACCGUCACGCAGACGGCGUGGGGUCCUGGUGCCACGGCCGAGGGCGGGCCAGGCGACGCGGGAGGUGGUGACGGCACGCAGCAGGAGGAGGCUCGAAAGCCUUCGGCAGGGCUCAUCGCCGCGGCGGUGCUGGCGGGGCUCGCGGGUCUGCUGGCGGGCUACCUGGGCUUCUGCGCGUGGCUGUACCGACGACAAGUGCGCGCGUACCGGACGCACCUGGCGGUGGCGAACCGGUACUCUGGCGGCAACGCGACGGCGUCACACGCCAGCCUGGGCGGCAUGGCUGCAGCCUUCUUCGGCAGGAAGCGCAGUAAGCUGGGCAGCAAGGACAGCAAGGAGAGCGGUGGUGGCUCUCAAAGGCAGCAGCGACGCUGGGGGAGCAGCAGGGUACCGGCAGGACAGCCGGGCGUAGGGGGUGAGUUUAUCGGCGGCGACGACGAGAAGCCGCUUUACGGGAAGCACUCCUCCUCGGCGGGACGUGAGAGCUUUGCGUGGGUCGGCAGGCCGAGUCAGGACCCUGCAAGGCCGGUGAUGGGUCCGUGGCUAGGCCCAGACGGGUCAACACCCGGGUCCGGGACGACGGCGACGGGGAGUGGACGACCAUCCCCGUUUGCGUAUGGUGGUAGUGGGAGCGGUAUCACGUUUGAGCCACCGAGCGGUGGCAGUGGUAGUGGGCCAUCGAGACCGAGGACGAGUGGCAGUGCGUCGUCGACCGAGGGUCUGCUCGACGGGCAGGACAUGAGCUUCUUUUCUGUCGUGCUGGCGCCUAGGAGGGCGUUGCGUGUUGUCAAUGGACUUGAGGACGGGGAAAAGGAGCAGCAGGUUGCAGAGUCGAGAUAA